AUGCCGCGGACUCCUUCUCCGCUGAGGCGGCCACGGGCGCCUACUAUCACGCUGGAUACUUCCGCUGUGAACGAACAAGAAGACGACCAACACCAAGUCACAUCGUCACCGUCUUCCUCAGAUCACGGCGACGAAAUCAAUAAUACGUUAUCAGUGCCCACGAGAAAGUCACGGUCCCAGUCUUGGGACUCGAAUAACACGACGUUAGCAAAGUCAAAGACAAAUGAAGGCACUGACAAGGGUUCCCCGACUGCACACCUCUCGGGCUCUCCCAAAGGCUACGGCGCCAACCCAGACGAUGCCUUGGCGCCGAAUCCGGGCGAGGAGGCGUCUUUUCACGUCGAUAACAACCCGUUUGCCUAUACACCUGGCCAGGUUUCGAAGCUCAUUAAUCCAAAGAGUCUAGAUGCAUUCGUUGCCGUUGGAGGUCUUGUAGGCUUGGAAAAGGGUCUACGAACAGACAGGCGCGCCGGUCUGAGUCUCGACGAAUCCAGGCUCGAUGGCAGCAUCAGCUUCGAGGAAGCCGUCGCCGCAGGGAAGAAGCUCCCGUCGUCCUCGGACGCUGUGCCAACGGACGCGCUUCAACAGGAUGCUGCCCACCAUGGCGAAGGUGCCGGCAAAGACUUCGACGACCGGAAGAGAGUGUUCGGGCAAAACAUCCUGCCAGAGAGGAAAUCGCUGUCACUGUUGCAACUCGCUUGGAUUGCGAUGAAGGACAAAGUCUUGAUCCUGUUGAGUGUGGCCGCUGUCAUCUCCCUGGCAUUGGGAUUGUAUCAAACUUUUGGAGCAACUCAUCACGGAGACGACACUGCCAAGCUCGAGUGGGUUGAAGGUGUCGCCAUUAUCGUCGCUAUCACGAUUGUCGUCGUCGUCGGUUCGCUCAACGAUUGGCAAAAGGAGAGGCAGUUCCGGAAGCUCAACCAGAAGAAGGAGGACCGUAUUGUCAAGGUUAUUCGAUCCGGAAAGCCCGCGAACCUCUCGGUUCACGACAUUCUUGUUGGAGACGUCAUGCUUCUGGAGCAGGGAGACAUCAUUCCGGUGGAUGGUGUUUUCAUCGACGGGCACAACGUCAGCUGCGAUGAAUCGUCUGCAACUGGAGAGUCGGAUCUUAUCAAAAAGGUACCCGCAGACGCCGUCAUGAAGGCGCUGCACGAGGAGGAGGUGAACCCCAAGAAGCUUGACCCUUUUAUCAUUUCUGGAGCCAGAGUCCUGGAUGGCGUUGGAACAUUUUUGGUCACUGCUGUCGGCCAGAACUCGAGCCACGGCAAGACCAUGAUGUCCCUCCGCGACGAUCCUGGAAUGACUCCUCUCCAGCUCAAGCUGAAUAUCCUUGCGGGUUACAUUGCGAAGCUCGGCAGCGGUGCCGGUCUUCUCCUUCUUAGUGUCUUGACGAUCGAAUUCCUGGCUCACCUUCCCAAUAAUAGCGACUCCCCCGAGGAGAAGGGCCAACGUUUCCUGCAGAUUCUCAUCACAUCCAUCACCAUCAUCGUCGUUGCAGUGCCCGAGGGUCUGCCCCUAGCCGUCACUCUCGCCCUCGCCUACGCCACAAAGCGGAUGACCAAGGAGAACAACCUCGUCCGUCACCUCCAGUCCUGCGAGACCAUGGGCAAUGCGACCGUCAUUUGCUCUGACAAGACUGGUACCCUGACGGAGAAUGUUAUGACCGUCGUCGCUGGCACGUUGGGCACUGGCAAGUUCCGCUUCGUUGCCUCAGACGAUCAAUCCACCGAGAACGGCCAGGAAGAUGAGGAGUCGGACGUGCAUGUUACUGGAGAUGACAAGAAGUCCCAAACCACCUCCACCGAAGUCCCCAUGUCCAAGCUUUCCUCGGCAAUCGACGCAGAUUUCAGGGAUCUGGUUAAGCAGUCCGUCGCGAUGAACACGACUGCCUUCGAGACGGAGGAGAACGGAAAGCAGGUGUUUGUAGGCACGAAAACCGAAACCGCCCUGCUCGACUGGGCUCGCCGAUGCUUUGCCCUUCAGCAAAUCGCCAUCGAGCGCGAAAACUGCCCUGUCCAGCAACUGUUUCCAUUCAACUCGAAGCGAAAGGCUAUGGGUGCCGUUGUGCGCCUCCCAAACAACAAGUACCGUUUCUUCGUCAAGGGCGCCCCUGAGAUCCUUUUGGGACAAUGCACCAGUGCCGUCUCCGACCCCACGAAGUCUCCUACGACUGCCUCCAUGGCAUCGGAUCAGCAGGGGCAUAUUCGUCAAACCAUCACCGACUACGCCCGCCGCUCCCUCCGCACGAUUGCCCUCGGCUACCGCGAUUUCGAGCAGUGGCCCCCGGAAAACGCUCGCAAGGAGGAAGGCACCCAGAACGUCGAGUUCUCCAGCAUCUUCAAGAAUCUGACGUGGCUUGGUGUUGUGGGUAUUCAGGAUCCUGUCCGAGCCGGCGUCCCGAAGGCCGUGGAGGACUGCCGCACAGCCUCUGUCUCCGUGAAGAUGGUUACCGGUGACAAUGUCGAGACGGCGAGAGCCAUUGCGAAGGAUUGCGGUAUUCUUACGGAGAAGGGCAAGGUCAUGGAGGGAAUCGAGUUUCGCCGCAUGGAUGAACGCGAGCGCGUCAACAUUGUUCGGGAACUCUGUGUUUUGGCACGAUCCAGCCCCGAGGACAAGAGAAUCCUGGUCAAGGCUUUGAGAGGUUUGGGCGAGGUUGUUGCCGUCACUGGCGACGGCACGAACGAUGCGCCUGCCCUGAAGUCUGCUGAUGUCGGUUUCUCCAUGGGUAUCACCGGAACCGAAGUCGCCAAGGAAGCCUCCGAUAUCAUUUUGAUGGACGAUAACUUUUCGUCAAUCGUCAAAGCCAUGGCUUGGGGCCGCGCCAUCAACGACGCCGUCAAGAAGUUCUUGCAGUUCCAGAUCACAGUCAACAUCACUGCCGUCGUCCUCACCUUUGUCACCGCUGUAGGCAGCGAGACGCAAGAGCCCGUCUUGAACGCUGUUCAGCUUCUCUGGGUCAACCUCAUCAUGGACACCUUCGCCGCCCUCGCCCUAGCUACCGAUCCUCCCACUGAGAGCAUGCUCCACCGCAAGCCCGAGGCCAAGACCGCCGCGUUGAUCAACACGCCCAUGUGGAAGAUGAUUAUCGGCCAGUCCAUCUACCAACUCAUCGUCACCCUGAUCCUCCACUUUGUCGGCCCCAACUUCCUCAACUACCCAUCUGGCCAGCAAAAGACACUCGUCUUCAACGUCUUCGUCUUAAUGCAAAUCUUCAAGCUCAUUAACAGCAGACGCAUCGAUAACAACCUCAACAUCUUUGAAGGUAUCACCAAGAACAAGCUCUUCGCGCUCAUGAUGGCCAUCAUGGCCGGCGGUCAGGUCCUCAUCGUCUUCGUGGGCGGCGCCGCCUUCAAGGUCGAGAAGCUCAACGGACCACAGUGGGGCAUCUCCAUCGUCCUCGGCAUUAUCUCGAUCCCCAUGGGCGUCCUCAUCCGGCUCUUCCCCGACUCGUGGUUCGUCGCCCUCGUCAGCCCCUUUGCUUGGGUGUGGUCCAAGAUCCCCAAGUGGAAGCGCAAGACGAAGACGGACGAGGAGGAUAGCGAGCACCUGGGCGCCGGUGGCGUCAAGGAUGCCCUACUCGAGAUCAGAGACGACCUCGCCUUCCUCAAGCGCAUCAAGGGAGGAAGAAUCAGCCAGAUUAGCGAAGUGAUCAUGAAGCCCCGCGAGUACCGCGAGAGAACACGCAGCCGGAGCGGGUCCAGAUCAUCGAGCAGACAUAACGCGUCGCCGAUGAAGGCCGCUCUUGGCAUGCCCGGUAUCGUGGCGGCUAGUGUUGGAGGCUUGUCGCCCGUUGAGCGGCCGGUGUCUCACGACAGCCGGAAUACGGAUGGAGAGCGUGAGCCAGAGAGUCGUAAAGACUGA